AAGAACCAUAUGUUGUGAUCGUUGAUUGAAUGCAAUAUUAACAAAAAGGUAAUGAACGCCAUCUGUUCGGAAUGUGAUUAACAGAUUCGAGGAUUGUGGAUCAAGACAACCACAAAUUAACGAAAUCAAUGUUUUGACCACGACAAGUUAAUAUUUCAAAGACAUGAUGCAUAACGAGGAUAACGAUGAUGAAUAUCAUUAUGAUGAUACUGAUGAUUGGAACUAUGAUAAUUAUGAAGAUUUUGGUGAACAAAUCGAUGAUAAUGAAGAUAUUCAAACUAAAGAUGUAGAGCAUUUCGAUUAUCGUUGUAUCAGUUUUUCUGAAGCAAAAGAUAUUCUAAACGAACUAAUUAAUAGUAUAACUAAUCGUAUAAAGCUCAAUUAUUCAUUGGCUAAAAUGCUAUUGAUACAAUGUAAAUGGGAUGCAAACGAAGUUCUAAACAAAUAUUUCGCAUGUGAUAAUGAAUAUUUUGAAUGUAAAGGUGUGAAACCUUUUCAUAAAAGCUGGGAAGAUUUGAUCGAAGCAUGUAGAUCCAAAUGCUUUUAUUCACCCACAGCAGAAUCGAAUCAACAAACAACAUUAGUAGCGAUAUGUUGUGAUGUAUGUUUAGAUUCAAAAUUGAAAGACCGCUUUCUAUCAUUGAUUUGUGGCCAUUCAUUUUGUCUUGAUUGUUGGUUUAAUUAUUGUCGUGUGAAUAUCCAGAAUGGCCAAUCAACCGGAAUUCGUUGCAUGAAUUCCGAUUGCAAGCUAUUUCUGCCAGAAGAUUUUGUUCAUUUUAUUUUUCAAAAUUCUAUUCUUUUACGAGAGAAAUAUGAUUUACUUACAUUUCGUGAAUCGAUCGAUGCAUACAUUCGCAUGAGACUUUGUAUAAAUUCCGAAUGUCAAACCGUUGUAAUCGCCCAGGAACAACCGUCACCCAAACGUGUUACCUGUACAAAUUGUAAUAAUUCAUUUUGUUUCGAAUGUGGUAAUGAUUAUCAUGCUCCAACCGAUUGUAAAACUAUUUUACUUUGGUAUCGAAAGUGUGCAGAUGAUUCUGAAACGGCUCAUUAUAUUCGUGCACAUACUAAACUUUGUCCAAACUGUAGUUCUUGUAUUGAAAAAAAUGGUGGUUGUAAUCAUAUGAGCUGCUAUUCUUGUAAACAUGAGUUUUGCUGGAUUUGUCUAGGCUCAUGGGACAUACAUGGACCACAAUAUUUUAAAUGUAGCAAAUACAAAGAAAAUCUUGAUAUAAAAAAUGAAUCGGAUAGAGCCAGAGAAGCAUUAAAAAAAUAUCUAUUUUAUUAUGAACGCUGGGAUAAUCACAUGAAAAGCUUAAAAUUAGAGGAUGAAAAUCGUGAACGAAUACAAGCCAAAAUUGAUGAUGAACUUAAUCGUAACAAUGGUACAUGGAUAGAUUGGCAAUAUCUAUUACGUGGUGCUAAAAUUCUAUCUAAAUGUCGUUAUACAUUACAAUAUACAUAUCCAUAUGCAUACUAUAUGGAAUGUGGCCCACAAAAAGAACUAUUCGAAUUUCAACAGGCAGCACUCGAAAAUGAGAUUGAAAAUCUAGCAUGGAAAAUAGAAAAUGCCGAAACAACUGAUCGUGGUGCGUUAGAAAAUCAAAUGACAAUCGUUGAAAAAAGGCGAACUACAUUGUUGUAUAAUUUUUUUCAAUACUGAUUUUUUUUCUCCAAUGAUCUUAAUUUUUCUCCAACAUCUGUUCAUGCAAACAUAUGAAAAUGUUAUAAUAAAUAAAAAA